UCUUGUUUUUUGUCUCUCUGGUUAAAAAUUGUGUGGGUUGUUGUCAUUGGACAUGACGACAACAGAAGGGAAUAGUAUGAAAUUUGAAUCCAGAAUCACUUUUUAUGUGGUGUUAUGUUGGAUUCUUGCGGCUUUUGGAGGGUUAAUGUUUGGCUAUGAUAUUGGGAUUUCAGGUGGAGUGACUGGCAUGGACGGCUUCCUCAUCAAAUUCUUCCCGAUUGUUUAUAAAAGGAAACUUAGAGCCAAGGAAGAUAACUACUGCAAAUAUGACGACCAGUAUCUUCAACUUUUCACAUCUUCUUUGUACCUUGCUGCUCUAAUUUCCAGCUUUCCUGCUUCCAAGGUGUGCACGAAAUUUGGUCGAAAGCCCACAAUUUUAGUUGCAUCUGUGUUUUUCUUGCUUGGAUCUGGAUUGAGUGCAGGAGCACACCAAAUGUGGAUGUUGAUCCUCGGAAGGAUUUCUCUAGGCUGCGGGGUUGGAUUCGGCAACGAGGCUGUUCCCUUGUUUUUGUCGGAGAUUGCACCAGUUGAAUAUCGAGGAGCUGUUAACAUUCUCUUCCAACUUUUCAUAACUAUAGGAAUUCUUAUUGCAAAUUUGGUGAAUUAUGGCACGUCAAAAGUGCAUCCAUGGGGUUGGAGAUUGUCUUUAGGUCUUGCUGCAAUUCCUGCUACGGGCUUAUUCAUAGGUUCUUUAAUCAUCCCUGAGACACCAACUAGCUUAGUAGAACGCAAUCAUGAAGAAAAAGGUCGAAAAACCCUCAAGAAGAUAAGGGGAGUUGAUAAUGUUGAUCCGGAGUUCGAGCAAAUUAAGGUAGCUUGUGAGAUAGCGCGGAGAGUCAAACAUCCUUACAGAAGCCUCAUGAAAUUAUCUAGCAUGCCUCCCCUGAUCAUUGGCAUUAUGAUGCAAGUGUUUCAACAAUUUACGGGGAUCAAUGCUAUAAUGUUCUACGCACCAAUUUUAUUUCAAACCGUCGGGUUUAAGAAUGAUGCUUCAUUAUUAUCGGCUAUCAUUACUGGACUUGUGAAUGUGUUUUGCACCGUCGUCUCCAUCUAUGCAGUUGAUAAGGUUGGAAGGAGGUUAUUACUUCUCCAAGCAUGUGUCCAAAUGUUUGUCAGUCAGACCGCAAUUGGAGGGAUUCUAUUAGCAAAGUUGAAUGCUACCAAUUCACUACCGAAAGGACAAGCAUGGGUCGUGGUGGUGCUCGUUUGUGUAUAUGUUAGUUCCUUUGCGUGGUCAUGGGGUCCUCUCGGCUGGUUGAUACCGAGUGAAACUUUUCCGCUUGAGACAAGAACAGCAGGUUUUGCAUUUGCAGUUAGCUCUAACAUGCUCUUCACUUUUGUCAUAGCCCAAUCAUUUUUGUCAAUGAUGUGUCAUAUGCGUGCGGGCAUAUUUUUAUUCUUUGCUGGUUGGAUUGUCAUCAUGGGGAUUUUCGUAUUGUUCCUUCUCCCGGAGACCAAGGGUGUGCCAAUUGAUGAAAUGAAAGAAAGGGUUUGGAAGAAACAUCCCAUUUGGAAGAAAUUUAUGAGUGAUGAUGCCGAUGAUAGAGCCAAGAAAACAAUAGAGAUGAGCUAGUGGCACAACGAGUACUGAUUGCAGAUUGAAAGCAUUUCCUCAGGAGAUGAAACACAUCCAAACUCUCUCUUCAAAUUAUUUCAUUUUGAGGUUUGAUUUUGUAGUAAGGUUUAGAUGGAGUGAACGUACCAUGUGACUCAAUUUGCUGCAAGCACAGUAAUCAUAGACACUCCAAAUUUGAUCAAUUAGCUGUGUCCAUCCACCAUGAUAUCUUGGAUGGUGGGUUGAUGAGAAUCUUCUUUGUUUCUACUUUUAUCCACAUUUGAACCUGUUCUAUAUUUAUAUGCAGAAAAUAAAUAAUAAGGGCAGUGAGGCGCCUUUGGUUAAUUUAGCUGGAGUUUGACUCUUUAGGGCAUGUUUGGUUGGUCCAUUUUGGAAAGUGUAGGGGCUGUUUGGUUGUGUCCUUUCCUUUUUGUUAUUAUGA